AUGCAGUUUUGUUUUGAAUUUGUUAAUACUUCUUGUCCAAAGGUCAUCAGGUCAGCAGCAAUAUACACAGUCACGUAUGCUGUUAUAAUAAUUUCAACAAUAAUUACAAUUGUUGGAAACUUAGAGGUGAUUAUUUCAAUCGCACAUUUCAAACAACUGCAGACACCAACCAAUUAUCUUAUCCUUUUGUUAGCUACUACCCAUUUUCUGAUAGGACUGAUUAUACUACCUUACAGUAUGGUAAGGUCAGUUGAAACCUGUUGGUAUUUUGGUUAUGUGUUUUGCAAAAUUCAUUCUAGUUUGGGUAUGAUGCUGACCACAGCCUAAAUCUUCCACUUGUGUUUUAUUGCCGUCGACCGUUACAAUGCUAUGUGUGACCCAUUGCUCUACAUUACAAAAAUCACCCUGCCUGUUUUAAGUAUGUUCAUUACAAUUAGUUGGGCACUUCCCAGAGUUUUUGCAUUUGGGAUUGUCUUCUCAGAAAUAAAUUUAAAGGGAAUGGAGGAUUAUUUUGCUGCAAUUUCUUGUCAUGGUAGUGUGCUCAUAUUUAAUAAGCAAUGGGGGCUUUUGGAUCCGGUCAUUGCAUUCUUUGCUCCCAGUCUUGUCCUGGUGGGCAUGAACAUCAAGAUAUUUCUCGUGGCAAGAAAGCACAGCAGAGUAACAGGAAACAAGUCAAACAAGAUUCACUCUACAAAGGAAAACAAUACCAGAAUCUCAUGCAGAAAGGAACAUAAAAAUACCAAAACUCUAGGUAUAGUAAUGGGAGUCUUUCUGAUAUGCUGGCUACCUUUUUUCAUAGAUACAAUUAUUGAUGCUUAUAUUAAAUUCACCACACCACCAGUUUUAUUUGAUGCAUUUGUGUGGUUUGGAUUUUAA